AUGACGCACGUGUGCUGCUCUGAACCAUCACCAGAAAACAACAUGGCGUACAGAGGCAGCGUUCGACCUUUUGUCAACUUCAAUGCCAAACAUGACGCCGAGCUCCUCCACAAAGCCAUGAAGGGACUCGGGACGGACGAAGACGCCAUUCUCAUGCUGCUGGCGGCGCGCAGUAACGAUCAACGGCAGCAAAUAAAGGCGGCAUACAAAAAGGCCAACAGAAAGGAUCUGCUCAGUGCUCUCAAGUCCGAGCUUGGGGGUCUCUUUGAGAGUCUCAUCGUGGCCUUGAUGACCCCGCCCGUCUUAUAUGAUGCUACCUUACUGCACAAGGCCAUCAAGGGCGUCGGCACUGAUGACGACGUGCUGAUUGAGAUCUUGGCCUCUAGGAGCGGGCGGCACAUUAGAGACGUCGUUAAAGUCUACAAGAAAGAGUUUGGCAACAAGCUGGAGAAAGACAUCUGCAGCGAUACCUCGGGACACUAUCAGAAGCUUCUAGUGAUCCUCCUGCAGGGGAGCAGGGAGGAAGGAGUCGACGAGGCAUCCAUCGAGAAAGAUGCAAAGGACUUGUACGCAGCAGGCGAAGGCAAAUUUGGCACCGAUGAGGAGAAAUUCAUCACAAUCCUCGGCAACAGGAGCGCAGAACAUCUCCGAAAAGUGUUUGAGGCAUACAAGAAGCUGUACGGGUCCGACAUCGAGGACAGCAUUGAGGGCGAGACCACGGGGAAUCUGGAGAACUUGCUGCUAGCCGUCGUGAAAUGUACCAGGAGCGUUCCAGCUUUCUUUGCCGAGUCGCUGUACAGAUCAAUGAGGCGUGCCGGGACGGAUGACGACACCCUGAUGAGGAUCAUGGUGUCCAGGAGCGAGGUGGACAUGUUGGACAUCAGAGCGUGUUUCAAGGAGACGUACGGCGCCUCACUUUACACCACCAUCCAGGAGGACACAACAGGAGCCUACCAGAAGGCGUUACUGUACCUUUGUGGUGCAAAUGAUUGAUGUGUUGCGUUGUUGUGUGGUGCUGCAGUGCUGAGUGAAGACAACGUUGACUUUGUGGAAUUCAAGUGUGUGUCUUAUCCCAGCGUAUGAUGCUUUGUGUUGUUGUUUGAUGUCACUCGUAAUACAAAAUAAAGGCGUAUCACGGUAUGGUGGCGUAUCACAUGACGCAAAGCAGCAGCUGAAUUAUUCACGGCCCCAGAGGAUUACACGUGUCACUUUCACUGCUGACUAAAUGGUAGCCAGGCUACUUUGGGCACCACAAGGUGGCAGCCAGUGUGUGUGUGUGUGUGUGUGUGUGUGUGUGUGUGUGUGUGUGUGUGGGGGGGGGGGGGGGGGG